AUGCUCGCUGGAAUCGCUGCCUUGAACGCAAAGUAUAGUGAUUUAGAGAUUGCUCGCCUCCUGAAAAUUGUCAAAAUUCGCCAUGAACAGAAAGACGCUGAUCGGAGAUUCUACAAUAAUAGGCUAAACAUAAAACAGCCGCUAAGCGUCCUAAUACCAUCGGAAGACCCAAAUUUUUUUUCAUCAUUGUUCUUUUUCUUUCUUCGAAUUCAUCUCUCUCUCUCUCUCUCUCUCUCUCUCUCUCUCUCUUUUCACUGUGUGGUCUCUCAUUUUUCCUCUUUCUAUUCUUUCUCUAACCCAUUGAUUCUUCUUUGUUUUUAUCACUUUCUGCAACCUCUUGUCUGUCUGUCUGUCUGUCUGUCUGUCUGUCUCUCUCUCUCUCUCUCUCUCUCUCUCUCUCUAUCUAUCUAUCUAUCUAUCUAUCUAUUUCUUAUAUGCGUCGCUACGCAUGCGUCGUUGCCUCACAAUUUAUUGUUUUCUCCCACUUUUCAAGUCAGUGUCAAUACAAUUUCCCCAUCAUUAUUCACGGAGAAGAAUAAGAGAACAAUGGAAUUUUUAUAA